AUUAGGAUAUCUGGGUAUUACUUGUUCUUAUAUUGAUAAUAGUUUUCAGUUACAAGAAAACAUACUUUCUAUUAGAUAUUUUCCUUAUCUGCAUACUGGCAAAAUUAUCUCUAAAACUUUAAAUUCAAUUAUUAAUGAAUGGAAUCUUGAUAAUAAAGUAUUUACAAUUAUUACUGAUAAUGUUAUUGGUAAAGGUCUUUUAGAAGUAGAAAAUUUAGUUAUACAGGCUAAAAGACUUAUGUUAUAUUUUACUACUCCUAAACAAACACAACGACUUUUAGAAACUCAAAAAAAGUUUAAUUGUAAUGAAGAUAUCGUAAAUGAAGACUAUCAAAUACGUAAAGAAGAUGCGAAAUUAAAAAAGAUUAAUCUUACUGAUAUUGAAUGGGAAGCUAUAAAAAACCUUGUUACAAUACUUGAACCAUUUGCAGAGGCAACAGAAUUUUUAGGAGGUAGUAAAUAUACAACAAUAAGCUUUAUGUAUAGUGCGAUCAAUACGAUUAUGAAUAAUCUUAUACUUACUGAUGAUAUUGAGCUACGACAAGUAGACUAUAAAGAUAACGAAGAUGUUUUUAAUGAUACUAUUUUAAAUGAGGAUCAAGCAAAUAAUAUCAAGUCAGUUAACUUUCAACAAUUUAAUGUUCCUCAAAAUUGUGUAAAUUUUAAAGAAAGAGUAAAAACGGCUUUAUAUAAUACUAUGAAUUAUUAUUGGCAAAUGCCAUCAGAAGAAAGAAUGUUAGCUGCAUUACUUGACCCUCGAUGUAAAAUAUUAAAUUUUACUUCAGAAUCUUUAAAAGCUAGAACUUAUGAUUCAUUGCGUGAGCUAUUACAAUUUACAAGCAAACUAUUAGCCUCUAUAUAUCGAUCAAGUAAUAUUCAAAUAGACGAAAUCUCUGACUAUAUUGGAAUGCCAGAAAUUUCUUAUGAUCAAUGUCCAUUUGAAUGGUGGAAAAGUAACCAAAAUCAGUUUCCAGUUUUAGCUUAUUUGGCAUGUAAAUAUCUAGCUAUUUUGGCUACUUCAACCCCUAGUGAGAGGUUAUUUAGUGAUGCUGGAAAU